AUGCUCAAAUUGCUAUGUUUAAAUGAUGCACAAGUCCUGACGGAACAUAAAGCGGCCACUUGCCAGGCAAGAGUGGACCAGGGAGCCGAGGAACUGCAGUGGGUUGUGAAAGAAGGAAUUCCUCUUUUUGUUCGUGCUUUAUUAGAUUCAAGAGAGUUUGGUGUUGUGAAUGCUACCUUGCAGACAUUCGCCAUCCAACUUGGCCUUCAUCAAGCUUGUGUUGACAUGAAGAAAAAAUACCCUAAAGAAUUGAAGGAUAAGAGUGUCUUGUAUUUUUACCUAGAUGCACAACGUCAAAUUAUUGAUCAUUUUUCUGAGCUGACAACGUACAAGUACUCCCUUUUAUCUGCUCUAGGGGAUGAAGGAAUGGACGUGGGUGGUAUGAAAAAAUUGUUGAAGGUUGUGGGUUGUUCCACAGAGGAUGAAGUUGGAUCGUGUUAA